GCCCGUCCUCUCGCCGCGCCGCGCCUCGUCAAAUGCUCCUCCGGUCCGUGACUCGCAGCAGCAGCAGCAACCACUAGCGCGGGCUACAACGCGCAGGGUACAUGGCGACGGCGAUGGCUCUGCUCCGCCUCGCGGUCCUCGCCGGCGCCGUCGCGCUCCUCCUGCCGGCCGUCGCCGAGGCCCGCAUCCUCCUCUCGCUCGACGACUUCGGCGCCGUCGGCGACGGCAUCGCCGACGACACGCAGGCCCUGGUGGACGCAUGGACGGCGGCCUGCGCCAGCACCAACGACCACGUGGUCAUCCACGUGCCCGCCGGCAGGUCGUACCAGAUCUGGCCGGUGACGCUCGCCGGGCCCUGCAGGGACGAGAUCAUGAUCUUCGUCUCCGGGAACAUCAUCGCGCCGGACAGCCCGGAGGACUGGGAGCGGCGCGACGGCGGCAAGUGGCUGCACUUCUUCCAGGUGCAGGACCUGACGGUGAGCGGCGGCGGCGUCAUCGACGGCCGCGGGCAGGAGUGGUGGGCGCAGGCCUGCAAGGGGAGGCACCGCAACGACAAGCAUUGCACGGCCCCGGAUGCUCCCAAGGCGCUUCACUUCGAGGAGUGUCAUGGGGUGCGGGUGCAGGGCGUGACGCUGCAGAACGGGCAGCAGCACCACCUGACCUUCACCCGCUGCUCCAACGCCAAGGCCAGCUUCCUCAGGGUGGCCUCGCCGGAGAGCAGCCCGGGCACCGACGGCAUCCACCUCGUCAACUCCAUCAGCGUCCACGUCAACGAUGUCCACAUCGCCACAGGCGGCGCUUGCGUGUCCAUGGUCGGCAAUUGCACCGACGUCCGCCUCAGAUACGUCUCCUGCGGACCUGGCAAUGGCAUCAGUAUUGGGAGCAUAGGCGAGACCCCGGUGGCUGACAGGCUCGAAAAGAUCGAGGUGGACACCAUGUUCAUCGCCAACACCUCCAACGGCCUCCUCAUCAAGACCUGGCAGGAUGGCUGCGGCUACGCGCGCAAGGUGAAGUUCGCCAACGUGGUGAUGAAGAACGUCUCCGACCCCAUCAUCAUCGACCAGUACCGCUCCGAGCACCCCACACCCUGCGGAUCGACCGCGGCGACGAGGACGGUGGCGGUGGAGAAGAUCGACUACGUGAACAUCGCCGGCACGUCGGCGUCGAAGCGGGCGGUGACCUUCUCGUGCAGCGACGUCGUGCCGUGCAGGCAGGUGUCGCUCAAGGACGUGAACCUGAAGCGCCUCAGCGGCCGCGGCGCCUCCGCCUACUGCCGCAGCGCGUCCGGGAAGGCCGCCGGCGUCGUCGUCCCGGAGUCCUGCCUCGCCGGAACCAGGGGGGCCGCUGGCGACGAGGAGGAGUGAGCCGUGAGGUCUCGGCCGGGUUCUUGGUCUCGGCUGUGAUGCUCCGGCAUGCAGAGAGUGGCGGCAGUAGUGCCAUGGUAUGGUAGUACCUAGUAGAGUAGCCGGCAGUUCUACGAAUAAUCCCGCCAUGUAUUGUGCCAGUAUUAUAUUGUGAUGUACUGUACUCCCGUACCGCCGUACGUAUUCAGGCGUGUUGUAUUUUCCUGUACGUACAAAAAAUGUGCUCGUAGCAAUUUUCGUCCGCA